CAGUUGUGAAAUGGAAAUCGGAAAUUGACUCGGUUGCGCGGGAAUGUAAACAAUUUGUUGUUUGAAUCUGGUGACUGUUCAUUUACCUGAUACACGGUCUUGGGUAACCAAAAUGUUCAGCGACAUGUUUUCCCAUAAAUAUGAACCGCUCAAAAUGUCGUUUUAAAAUGAAAGGAACGCUUGACAACACGAAAGCAAAGUUGCUUUGUUUACAAACGUGCUCACCUGUGAUAAACUUGUGUAUAACAAACAUUGUUAUUUGAAAUAACAACGCUACUGUCUGUUCAAUCAUAAUGGAGAAGGCUUCCAGAGCUAUACGCAGGAGCAGUGCAAAGUUAUUAUCCUAUGGAACUGGAAAUGCUGACCUGAACGUUCUCAUGUCUGAGGUGAAGGACAUGAGAAGUAGUGCAAAGUCGUUUAUGGGAGCUCAGCACUUAGCAUCUCAUGAUAUGCUGAAGUGGGCGGCAAAUGAAGAGAACCGAGCAAUUCAGGAUGUGACAAACCAAAUUUCUGAGUUGAACACACAGUGGACAGAUGUACAGAGGGAUUUUAUAUAUCAUCUAAAGGAAUACAGACAGAUGUUUGAGAUGAUUUUGGAGGGGGAGAAGCAUGUGGCCCAGGCCAAACAAAACUUGGCAUUAUGUGAGCAAAAGGAACUUAAGAUCAGGAAGGAGUUAAGGAAAGCAGCCAAGAGAGCUUCAGCAUCUGAAAUCAGUAUGUUAGAGGGUCGACUGGGCCAGGCUGAGCGAGCUAGAGAAGUCGCUGAAGUUGAAGUCAGCGAGAGGGUCCGUGAGAACGAGGCUGUAAAGUUGAUCCGUAUGAAGGAGGGAUUAUUAAGAGUGUCCGAGGCCUAUGUAGAGCUGGGCAGUAAAUGUGCCAUGAUAUUUGAAGCACAGAGGGACAUUGCUUUCCAGUUGCCAGAUGUCCAUGGAAAGGAACUGGAGCAGGUGAAAUAUACAGGAGCUGGAGCCACACAGCUAUAUGUGAAACAGGCCAAGGAUGGGGUGAAAAAGUAUAAACGGAAGUCCCAUCGACUAGACCCCCCUCCUUUUUCUGAGCAUGCAGACUACUCCAGAAACACAUGUGACGAGCCUCCCCCUCCGUAUUACCCUAGUGACGAGUUCCUGAAUCAGAGUGAGAACAGUAGCGACGGAAGCAACCUCUACAGCCCAAUAACUACCCAGACACAAACACCCGAACACCGAAGGUCCUAUCCUAUGACGUCACCCCGACACCUCACGGACCCCGAGGAGGAACUCAGUACAACUAUGGGUGCAUCGAAACUAAGCUGAUGAAGUGAUGUGUUGAUUAUAGCAUUAAAAUUAUAUUUACCUUCAGAUAUUAUAAUUAGCAUGCAGGGGCCUUGGACUGUUUUGUUAAACAAAAAUGAAGUUUCCAUUUUUACGUGAUUAUUUAACUACACAGUGGAUCUGUGUCAUGGAAUUGUAUUAAUGAAUGAAUUAAUUGUUCCUAUAUCUUAUUACUGUAUAGUGGUUAUAUUUUGUGGGGGUUUAGUUUCGCUAUAUUUGCAAUUUGACUAAUAUGCGCGAAUUCUAAACACCAGUGAAAUUAUCGAAAAUGUUACUACUUUAACAGACCUUAUCACAACAGGUUGAAAAUACUUGUAACCCAACGCUGUUAUGCAAGCUUACAUUAACUCAAACUGGGCAGUCCAUGUAAAAACAACACUUAUAUAAGUGAC